AUGAGUUUCAUAAGUUCCAGUAGUUCCAUAUCAGUAAGUUCCAGUAGUUCCACAUCAGUAAGUUCCAGUAGUUCCACUGCAGUAAAUUCCAGCAGUUCCACAUCAGUGAGUUCCAGUAGUUCCACUGUGGAAAGUUUCAGUAGUUCUAUAUCAGUAAGUUUCAGUAGUUCAACUGCAGUAAGUUCCAGUAGUUCCACAUCAGUAAGUUCCAGUAGUUCCACAUCAGUAUGUUCCAGUCAUUCCACUGCAGUAAGUUUCAGUAGUUCCACAUCAGUAAGUUCCAGUAGUUCUACUGCAGUAAGUUCCAGUAGUUCCACAUCAGUAAGUUCCAGUAGUUCCACAUCAGUAAGUUCCAGUAGUUCUACACCAGUAAGUUACAGCAGUUCCAUAUCAGUAAGUUCCAGUAGUUCCACUGCAGUAAGUUCCAGUAGUUCUACACCAGUAAGUUCCAGUAGUUCCACUGCAGUAAAUUCCAGUAGUUCCACAUCAGUAAGUUUCAGUAGUUCAUCUGCAGUUAGUUCCAGUAGUUCAACUGCAGUAAGUUCCAGUAGUUCCACAUCAGUAAGUUCCAGUAGUUCCACAUCAGUAAGUUUCAGUAGUUCCACGUCAGUAAGUUCCAGUAGUUCAGCUGCAGUAAGUUCCAGUAGUUCCACUUCAUUAAGUUCCAGUAGAUCCGUAUCAGUAAGUUCCAGUAGUUCCACAUCAGUAAGUUCUAUUAGUUCCACUGCAGUAAGUUUCAGUAGUUCCACAUCAACAAGUUUCAGUAGUUCAACUGCAGUAAGUUCCAGUAGUUCCACAUUAAUAAGUUCCAGUAGUUCCAUAUCAGUAAGUUCCCGUAGUUCCACAUCAGUAAGUUCCAGUAGUUCUGCUGCAGUAAGUUCCAGCAGUUCCACAUCAGUAAGUUCCAGUAGUUCUGCUGCAGUAAGUUCCAGCAGUUCCACAUCAGUAAGUUCCAGUAGCUUCACAGCAGUAAGUUCCAGUAUUUCCACUGCAGUAAGUUCCAGUAGUUCCACUGCAGUAAGUUCCAGUAGUUCCACUGCAGUAAGUUUCAUCAUAUGUUCCAGUAGUUCUGCUGCAGCAAAUUCUUGUAGUUACACGUCAGUAAGUUUCAGUAGUUCAUCUGCAGUAAGUUCCAGUAGUUCAACUGCAGUAAGUUCCAGUAGUUCCACAUCAGUAAAUUUCAGUAGUUCCACAUCAGUAAGUUCCAGUAGUUCCACUGCAUUAAGUUCCAGUAGUUCUACCAUAGUCAAGUUCCACUGCAUUAAGUUCCAGUAG